AGCACUGCUAAAUAAUGCCAAAUACAGCCUAUAAUAUGAACAAAAUAAUAUAGGGAGAUUAUUAGAAACACUAGAUCCAACACCUCACUUAAAUUACCAUUCAAAUAUAAAUAAUCAACAAAACUAUUGAUUUUUUUAUACACAGUGUUUAUGAUGAGGAUGAUCUAAACUAUAGAGAGCAUUUCAAUAAUUUAAAACUUUUCUACUCCAUUGUACAUUAAAAUCCAAAUAAAAAGAUUUAAAAAAUCACUCAGUACUUAAUUUCUUAAAUAAUUAUUAAUGAUCUAUUUCCUACUGAUGACUAACUAUUUUAAUUAUUGAUGAUAUUACUUCCCCUUAUUUGAGAUAUGCUUUAUUACAUGUAAUUA